CGGGACACGAGGACGAUGUACGCGAUGAAGUACAUGAACAAGCAGAAGUGCAUCGAGAGGGACGAGGUGCGGAACGUCUUCCGGGAGCUUCAGAUCAUGCAGGGCCUGGACCAUCCCUUCUUGGUCAAUCUGUGGUACUCGUUCCAGGAUGAGGAGGACAUGUUCAUGGUGGUGGACCUGCUGCUCGGGGGAGACCUGCGAUACCACCUGCAGCAGAACGUUCAUUUCACUGAGGGAGCCGUGAAGCUCUACAUCUGCGAGCUGGCCCUGGCUCUGGAGUACUUACAGAGAUACCACAUCAUCCACAGAGACAUCAAGCCUGACAAUAUAUUACUGGAUGAACACGCUCCAGAAGUGUUCCAGGUGUACAUGGACGGAGGCCCCGGGUACUCCUACCCCGUUGAUUGGUGGUCCCUGGGAGUCACUGCCUACGAGCUCCUGCGGGGAUGGAGGCCGUACGAAAUCCACUCAGCCACCCCCAUCGAUGAGAUCCUCAACAUGUUCAAGGUGGAGCGUGUCCACUACUCGUCCACCUGGUGCAAGGGCAUGGUGGCCCUCCUGAAGAAGCUCCUGACCAAGGACCCUGAGAGUCGUCUGUCCAGCCUCAGUGACGUCCAGAGCACACCCUACUUGGCCAACGUGAACUGGGACGCAGUGUUUGAGAAAGCCCUGACCCCCGGCUUUGUGCCCAAUAAAGGGAGACUGAACUGCGACCCUACCUUCGAACUCGAAGAGAUGAUUCUAAACGGCCACCUACAGCAGUGCCUGGAUGCCGUGCGGAGGGAGUUUACCGUUUUCAACAGAGAGAAGCUGAGGCGGCACCUGGGUCAGAAUGGCCAGCUCUCGGACCCCGAUGAUCGAGCGGGUAGCCAGCCCCGAGACAAGCUGCAGGAUGGGUGUAACAACAACAUCUUCACCCACACCUGCUCCCGAGGAUGUAGCAGCUAACUCACCGCCUGCUGCUGCCCACCCUGGACGGCACUCAGCUCUGUUCUGCCCGCCAAGAUCCUGGUUCCGUGCCAGGGGUUUCCCAUCACGCCCCUGGCAGUACCAGAUGCAGGCAGAGUCCUGGGCUCACAGCUGGGAAGCCUAGGUCCUGGUUCCAGCCAUGCUUAUGUCCCCCUCCAUUGGUUUCCUGUGUGACCCUGGACUAGGCAUGUUCUGCUCUGAGCCUCGGGUUUCUGCAUCUGUCAAAGGGGCUUCCAUAGCUCUUGGCCUCAAAGCGAAUGCCAAGAUCUGAGCUAGAAUCCAAGCAGACGUGCAAGACCUUUGACCAAGUUGAUAAGCGCAGAACACAAACUUAACAUUGGAAGCACACUCCCAUGCCCCACCCUCCAAGAAACGAGACCAUGACAACUUUGCA